GGAGCGCUAGAGCCGUAGAUAUUUACCAGCAGAGCCCUUGUGCGGCCAUUUUAUCAUCCAGGGGAUAGGGAAAUUAGAGUCCCCUUCCCUGGAGGCUGUGGGCUGUACGCCCUGGGGCUAGGGAAGUGGCUGAAGGAUGACUAGUUAAGUCCUAGGGAGGCGAAAAAGGCAGCAGCAGGGUUCCUUGCCCCUGCAGCGGGGAUAUGUGCGGGCCCCGCAGGGAGAGGCUGCGUCAGGCCCGCUCACUCCCCCGCCGAGGUGGCGGCAGGCAGCUGCCAGGCCAGGCCUGGGCUGGAACCACUGAGGGCUGCCGGUGGCGGACACAAUAAGGGAACGAGCCGACGCGCUGCUCCUUCCUCCCGCACGCGGGCCGGAACAGGCAGGCAGGGAGCGGGGCGGGGGAGCGUCGCUCGGCUGGUUGCUGCCGUGCACUGGGGAAGCCGGGGGGAAGGGGCUCGGUGCUGGGUUGUUGUGCGAGAGGCAGAGCGCGCUGGCCGGGCGAAGGGCCAGGCCCCCGCCGGCGGUGCCUGGGCGAGCAACGCGGGCAUGGAGUGAGGGGAGCAGCGACAGGAGGAAGAUGGCCGGUGGCGGCGGCUGCAGGGACAGCUUGUUUCUGGAAGUAUGGAACACACCAUGGAUCGCUAGAAAGAGUGGUUAUAGCUGUCAUCAAGCUUUGAAUAGAUCACAAUCCAGGAGAGAUGGAGGUUAUAAAAAUAAUUGGAGCUUUGAUCAUGGAGAAGAAAGUGAAGGAGAUGCAGAGAAAGAUGAGGCAAAACUGCUCCGCAUAGAUGAGAGUGAUGGGUCCUUCAGUCCCACUGAAGAAAAGAAGUCACUACGCUGUCGACCAGGAACUGUUGGCACCAGCGGCGAGUAUAUAAAAACAUAUGCAAGGCGAGGCAAAACUGGAAGUUUUAGAGUUUUGAAAGGGAACUCAAUUGGACUCAACAUGCUGGGAAAUAGCAAGAAAUUGAGUGAAAAUUCCCAGAAUGUAACUUGUCCAGGAACCGUAGUGCACGGUAGACGUUUUCACCAUGCUCAUGCGCAGAUACCAAUAGUAAAAACAGCAGCCCAAAGCAAUCUGGAUCGAAAGGAAAGAAAAGAAUACCCCCCUCAUUUUCAGAAGAUAGAAAUUGACCCUGUUAGAUUACCUCGGCCUCAUUUGGUGGAAAGUAUAAUGGAAAACACCGAAGAGUCAGGAUCAGAAUCGGAAUCUGAAAUUAAGAGGAAGGAUUUGGAACCAACUGAUUAUUCCACACUUUGCUCAGGCUGUGAAAAGACAAAUGAAAAUCAGACCAAAUGCCAAAGUUAUGGAAAUAUUUUCUGUAAGGAUUUGCAAAGACGCUCCAAACAAACUGUGUCAUUGAGUGAAUCUCUGAGACCUUUAUUGCGAUCUUCAAUACAUCAGAAUUCAACAGGGCAAAAAUCUCCAGGUACAGGAUUGAACACGCAGAAGUUCUAUGGCUCUGCUGGUGGGAAGGGUCCAGUUGAUAUCAUACUGAGUAAUGAUAUUAUAGGACAUUCUGUGUCACGACCAAAUGGAAAAGUUGGUCUCUUAACUGGGACAAAAAAUCCUAAAAGUUCAGGAAACUUAAGACAGAGGAAUACAAGACCAUCUGAACUAAAUGAUCCGAUUAUUUUGUCCAGUGACGAGGAGGAGGAUGACGACGACAGUGGCAGCACUAACGGAAUGGAAAGCACAUCGCCUCGACCCGCAGAUUCAGCCCGUUCUUCCCCAGCACCUUCCACAGGAAAGGUGGAAGCAGCAUUAAAGGAAAAUACUUCUGGAAUAGAACAGAGACUAAGUACUGUUGCAGCAGACACAGAAAUUGCCAUCACGUUACCAAGAAAAGCAAGAAUGAAAGAUCAGUUUGGCAACAUUGUAUCUAACACACCAAUAAAACGUCGUAAAGUUACUUCUCAAGAAGUAACAGAUGCUGUACCUAUAAAUUACCAAAACUCCUGGGAAAGCGUCAUUCUACACUGUCGAAGUAUACGAAUAGGAACCCUUCGAAGAAUGGUUGUGGAACCUGUGAUUUUUUGCCUUGAUUUUAUCAAGAUACGUCUUGAAGAGUCAGAAAGUGAUUCCCGAGAGAUUAAUUUAAAAACUUCUGAACUUACCAAAUGCGAGUGGUGUGGUGUCCGAAAGUUGCCAGUAGUGUUUCUGCAAACAGUACCUGCUGCCUGUCUUAGCCUGAGAUCCCAACUGAAGAUGAGUAGGGAGAAGGAUAAUGUCUGGUAUGACUGUAAAGGAGUGAAUCCAGAAGAACAGUAUAUUGUUCUGAUUUUUGAGACUGGCCUUGAUGCUCAUGGAAAUACAAUAUUUGAAAAAAUUGUUGCUGAGAUUGGUAUCCGGAAUAAUAUUUCUGAUUUCUUUGUGAAAAUUCCAUUUGAAGAAGCCAAUGGUAGGCUUGUGGCCUUUACAAAAUCCUUGGAAGACAACUCCAAAGGAAGUGCUUCUUCUCUUAAAGAAAACAAAAUAAAAAAUGUUGUCUCUGAAUCCAAAAUACAGCUGAGAAAUGCACCUUCGUUUCAAUUUUUUGAUGAUGAUGAAAUUGGAGAGCCACAUACAGUCUUUAUCGGUCCUAUAGAAAAGUUGAUAGUUUAUCCACCUCCUCCUGCUAAAGGUGGUAUUUCUGUGACCAAUGAAGACCUCCAUUGCCUAAAUGAAGGAGAAUUUUUAAAUGAUGUUAUUAUUGAUUUUUAUUUGAAGUAUUUGGUCCUAGAAAAACUGAAAAAAGAAGAUGCUGACAGAAUUCAUGUGUUCAGUUCAUUUUUCUAUAAACGCCUUAAUCAAAGAGAGAGAAGAAAUCUUCAUGAAACUGCAAAUCUAUCAGUACAGCAGAAGCGACAUGGACGAGUAAAAACAUGGACACGGCAUGUUGACGUUUUUGAGAAGGAUUUUAUUUUUGUUCCCCUUAAUGAAGCUGCUCACUGGUUUUUAGCUGUCAUCUGGUUUUCCUGGUUUAGAAAACCAAGAUAUGAACCAAAUCCCCACUACCAUGAAAGUGCACCAAUGCAAAUAAAAGCAUCCUCUUCAGAGAGGAGAGAACAGCACUCCAUCUCCUUUGCCAAUGAAUUGGAUUCAUCUUCACAAAGCUCAUCCUUCCAAGUCCACAGUAAAGAGACACACAAAAAACUUUCUGUAGCUUUAACUGACACAAACAGGGAAAUGGAGGACAGUGAGUUGCUAUAUUGUAGAAGAAGCCCUUGUAGGGGAAAAAGUGAAUUAAAAAGUAAAUCAAAGACAGUGAUUCAAGAAGAACCUAGGACCAUGGAAUCUGCAUGUCAUAAACUUGAUCAUAGGACUGCUGACGAGAAUGGUGUACAGAGUGAAUACACAACUGCUGUACAACCUAUGGAUGGCUUGCACAAAAUCAGGCUGAACUAUAGUGAAGACUCCACUGAUGGCAGUAAAUUAAAUGAAGAUGAGCUUAUAGAUUUUUCUGAAGAUCAAGAUAACCAGGAAGACAGCAGCGAUGAUGGGGGUCUUGUAGAUGAUAACUGUAAUUCAGAGUUGGGACAGUGGCAUCUGAAGCCUAAUGUUUGCAUACAACCCUGCAUUCCUAUGGACUCCCUGAGAGGCCCUUCCCGGUCAAAUGUUGUGAAAAUAUUAAGGGAAUAUUUGGAAGUAGAAUGGGAAGUCAGGAAAGGCAGUAAAAGAAGUUUCUCCAAAGAUGUCAUGAAAGGCUCUAAUCCAAAAGUGCCACAACAGAACAACUUCAGUGAUUGUGGAGUGUAUGUACUGCAAUAUGUGGAGAGCUUUUUUGAGAAUCCCAUUCUCAAUUUUGAGCUACCAAUGAACUUAACAGACUGGUUUCCACGCCCCAGAAUGAAAACUAAACGAGAAGAAAUACGAAACAUAAUCCUGAAAUUGCAGGAACAGCAGAACAAAGAAAAGAAGGGACAGAAGGACCUACAUUCACCAGAAAGAGCUCUGCAGGAAGGAACAGAACAAUUUAUCAACAGUAGCUCAGACUAAAUAUUAUGUCUGUUGCAUGUUAGCUCUGCAGUCAAAAACUGAAAUAUAUUUUCUUUGUCUGCCCAGACUAAAGAAUUGGAGUAUUCUCUGCCCAAAAGUUAUUUGGGAAUGUUAAUGCCUGUAUAAAUGUGUCAUAAAAGGAAUACAUUCCCAAAAAGAUAUGUAUUAAGUAAACAAGUUUGUACAUAUGUUAAUGAGGCCAACUUUUUCAGCGUUUGUAAUUAAUUUUUUUCACUUGUUAGGAAGCUUUUGUUAUGUAUUUCUGUUAAUAGAACUUAAAUAGCCACUUCUAAACAUAAAGCAAAUAAAGAAAAUAUUUAUAGGAUGAAAUGGUUAACUUUUUUCUUUUUCAGUAAAAUUGUCGUGUAACACAUAGGGGAUGAUCUGGUAGCAAGAUAAUUAAUUCAUAUUGUGACUUUUACUUUUGCCCUUACAAGAUUAUUCUGCUUGAUCUACAAACAAUGAGUGCGUGUCAAAGUGCACUGUGACCCCAGAGAGGGUAAUUCACAUGCUCACAUACAGUAUCCAGUGUAAGCAAUGUAAUUGUUAAAUAGGAAUGCUUCAGAUUUGGGGUCAUGAGAAGAUAUGCAUGGCUGUUUAAAAAAAGAAAAAAACAGUUGCUCUUUGACCAGAGAUUACUACUCAAGCAGUAUUAUAACAGUUUCAAAUAAAGUGAUCUUCAGUGAUACUAUUAAAUCAUAUUUUGUGAAUCCCAGAUGUUGUACAAUUGUAUUUUGAAAUUUCCCUCACUAUAAAAUUGUAUUUUGGUAAGUGUACUUGGAUAGCAGAUUGCCCACAUUACAUUUUCUAUGUUACAAUUCUGAAUGUCACAUUCAUAUGUGCUUUAUCUAAAUAAUGAACAUUUAGAAAUGUAUGAUUGCUAUUUUUUGUAAUGUCCACACCAAAAAAUACCAAAAUAUCAGUGUUCAUUGCUUGCUUAUUUGUUUGUUCUUGAUUCCAGGUAGCAUCAAACUAAGCUGUUUAAAAAAAAUUCGUUUAUUUGGAUACUUUCACAGUGUAAUCUGAUUUUAAACAAUAUAAAAACACAGCCUUAUGAAGCCAGCAUUUCUUGUAGUACAAAACGAAGCUACUACCUUGCACAGCCCUUCAAAUAUUAAAAAGGUUUUGUUAUGCAGAUGAAAGAAUAAGAACUGUUGUUGCAAGGGUCUUGAAUAAUUCAGUCCUUCCUUAACAUUAAUUAAUUUAUAUACUGGGAGGGUGAAAUUGCCCCCUCCCAUUUGAAAAAAUAAUCUGCAGGAGAGGUGGGGAAAACAAAGGUUCCCCCCACCCCACCCUGCAGUGUUUUCUCCAAGUUCUUUGAUAGGUGAGUGUGCUUUGCUGUCCCCUUCUCCUAUUGUCAAAGAACCAGGAAAUUCAGCUCCCAAGCCCCGUGAGUCCGCUGAGAUCAGCUAGAGACACUGGACCAUCCACAUGUAAACUUGUGCUUCUACAUCAGCUUUUCACAUACUAGACCCUAACAGCAUUACCAAAUAACUUGUCCUGCCAGGGAAAUCCUGCACAGAUAGUUUUCGGUGAACCCACCCUUCAAAUAGGAUUUCUCAGAAAGGUACUGUGAUUGCACAACCUUGAGAUGUUACCUUUUGCACAGCUUGAUCAUGGGAUUUGGGGGAGGGUCUGUACAUUUCCCCUCACCUCUUUUCUCCAUGCAUGAACUCUGGACCACACGGAGCCCUCAGAGGGGCCUGGGAAAAUGUGGAUGCUACUUAUAUAUGUUAGGGAAGAUGUGUACACAGAGAUUUUCCUUUGCAUAGAAGCGUGGUUUAACCUCUCUUGUGCAUAACAUUAAAUAUGUAACACACACAACUCUCGUCAUGUCCUGCAUUCUUGCCGUUGUCUGGGAAAGUCUAUGAUAAAAACAGGGUCAGAAAGAAGACAGGAGGGAUGGGAAGACAAUAAACAGUGCAACUAACAAUCUAGAAUAGUUGCUUAUACAAAUGCAAUUAAAAUCAAAGAUACAGGGGGGGAAUAUUGAGAUCUAGAUAUACUUGCAAAUAGAAAACAUUCUAUACCUUCUCAAUCCAGUCUUCCAAUUUUUCCCUAAUGAAACAUUCUAAUUAAAUAUAAUAUAUCAUAAUGUCAGUAUAGCACUGUUCCUUUUAUAAUAAUUGUGGUACAGCUUUCAGAGUUUCUAAUACUUUAGAACUACUUCCAUUCUAUUCCUAGGAUUGGCCUAGAGCUUAUUUUUCCCAUUUGGGAUGCCUGAUUUAUCAUUUAAUGUUAAAUCUUGAGACCUUCUGUCAUGCAGCAAACUAAUACAUAUGUUAAAUAUAGAAAAUUUUAUUUUUUUAAUAAAAUGUGAUAGAAAAAUACAGAAUUAAGAAUUUGACUUAUUUAAAACAUUGAAUCAGAUUAUACGAAUUUAUGUAUGUGUGAUGUUUGUUUUAGAGAAUUACAUGUUUUGAUAGUUUGAGGGAAUUCACCACUGAUCAUUUGGGACCAGUUUUAUUUUACAAAAGUUAAUGCAAAAAACUGAAUAUUUAAAUAUCCACUUUAAUUAUUUGUGUCAUAUAUUAAAAAAAGUUUUAAGU